AUGCCGACUUCGCCAAGGGAGAAUCGCCGGGAUGUGCGCACCAAAUUGAAGUACUAUGACGAUCCAGGAGACGGAACUCUUCCUCUUCCUGUUAUUGUGAAAAGGUUAACAGUCCUGAACAGUAACACCGUGACAAAUGAACGUCCUUAUAUCGAAGUAGAUGUGACCAUCAAGGAUGUCGCUGGCUGCGAAGCUGAGUUCAACCUUGAUGACCACGGUUUCUGCUUCGUCAGACACAACAGCAGCGAGAAGCAGUUCCUUGACAAGACGUCAAUCGAGAAUGUGUAUUUUGCUGAAGUCCAGCAGUUGGUAAAGAAGAUCACUGGCGCUUCUCGUGUCGUUCUCUUUGACCACAAAGUCCGCCGCGGACCCUCGGACUGGCAUAAGCUGGGGAAGAACAACCGUCUGAACGCGGGACCGCUUCAUAGGGUCCAUGUCGACCAGUCGUAUGCUGGUGCUGAGCUGGCCCUGCGACAGCAUCUGCCGGACGAAGCAGAUGAUCUCCUCAGGCAAAGAUACCAGAUCAUCAAUAUCUGGCGUCCUAUCCAGACCAUUUUCAAGGACCCUAUCGCGGUGGCAGAUGCGAGUUCGGUCAGCGAUGAUGAUCUGGUGGCGGCAUCGGUGAUCAAACCCACCUCGGUGGCUGAGACCUGGACUGUCAGACCGAACCCUGACCAUCGGUGGUUUUACAAGGGCGCUCAGCAGCCCGAUGAGGUCCUGCUGAUCAAGUGCUUCGACUCGGACACCUCGGUAGCUCGACGGGCACCGCACUCUGCUUUCAGAGAUGCGGCGUAUGAUGGUGGAGAAGAUAGGCAGAGUAUUGAGGUGCGGGUUCUUGUCAUCUAUGAAUAG